GAAGAAAAUGUCUGUCACGUGACCCCUGAUGCGGCAAACCCGGAAAUCACCUCAACCAAAACAAUUCGGGGCGAGUCAGCUCAGGCGCCAAACACGCACUAAAUCGCGCUCGCAGCGGCUCGAAAACACUACAAAAUGGAAGACACACUUUUCCAGCUCAAGUUCACGUCCAAGCAGCUGGAGCGACUGGCCAAGAAGGCGGAGAAGGAGUCAGAAAAGGAGUCGGCUAAAGUGAAGAAGGCUCUGCAGCAGAAGAAUGUGGAGUGCGCUCGAGUCUACGCCGAGAACGCCAUUCGGAAAAAGAACGAAGGCCUGAACUGGCUGCGCAUGGCCUCCAGGGUGGACGCAGUGGCUUCCAAAGUGCAGACGGCCGUCACCAUGAAGGGCGUCACCAAGAGCAUGGGUCAGGUGACCAAAGCCCUGGACAAGGCCCUCGGCUCCAUGGACCUGCAGAAGGUUUCAGCCGUCAUGGACAAGUUUGAAAGUCAAGUGCAGAACCUGGACGUCCACACCUCCGUGAUGGAGGACUCCAUGGGCUCGGCCAUGGCCAUGACCACACCGAUGGAGCAGGUGGACAACUUGAUCCAGCAGAUAGCUGAGGAGAACGGCCUGGAGGUGAUCGACCAGCUCAACCAGCUGCCUGCCAGGUCCACAACGGUGGAGGAGGGAGAGAGCUCCCGGGCUCAGGACAAGGAGGAUCAGCUGUCCAGAAGGUUGGCGAUGCUGCGGAACUGAGGCGGAGCGGCGGCUCUUCAGCUGAGUGUGAGUGAGUGUGUGUGUGUGUGUGCGCUCUAGUAUUGGACUGUUGUACAGGGAGGACUUAAUGAGCCUAUUGAUUACCAGGCCCUGCUCUAUAAAUACACACACACUCCGGGGCCAGAAGCAUCACCCGAUCCCUCCUCCAUCGAUCUGACCCCUCACUGACUCCACACCUCUUCUUUCUCUCCUUCUCUCCUGCUUUUUCAGUUCCCGUCCUCCAAACACACCAGACCUGUGUACUCUGUACAAAAACACAUUUUACAAUCCUUAUUCUGAACUUCACUGUCGCAGGUGUGUUUGUGCUUCACAAGGUGGCAGAGCUUUUUCAGCUCUUCCUCCCGAGGUGUUUGUUAUUGAGAAGAUUCUCUUUGUUGUUUAAACCAUCAAAGGCUGUUGACCAGUGGACGCCGCGCGGCGUGUUGUACAGUGACGCGUCUGAAGGCGUCACACGGUCAGGACAUCGCCGUUGGUCACACUGGUCACAUGAAGCAGCAGCACGUCCUAGUUGUUUUCGUUGUAUCGCCUUAUUUGAGGGGGGCCCCUCCCUCACCAGUGCCUGGAGAGCAGUCAGGACCUACAGGGUCACAGGCUCAGUCCCUGUCCUCCAAGAUCACCUCAUCCUGGAGGAGAACCGUGGUGCGGUGAAUAGGUUCGAAGCAUGUGAGAAGCAGCCAGGUCUGCGGUCCCCUCUGCCAGCCCUCGGCUCUGGAAUCAUGGCUGGGCUCUUCCUUUUGUAUGUUUAACUUAUGAGAAUAAAGACUGCCUGCUGCGC